AUGCAUGGAUAUGCAAUAUUUAAACAGAACACAUUCCACAUAAUGCCAGCUGGUAGCGAAAUGUUUGUCUUAUUCUUCCAAGACACAAUGUAUGAUACGAGAGUGGAGGAAGAUGGUGAGUUAUCCGAUUGGGAAGGAAGGUGGGCUUCAAUGUUGCCCCUUUUUUUGGGUUUGGAUGGGUUGCGAGUAGAAGAUGUUCUUGAAAUGGAGUUUUCUUCACCUCAGGAGGCAAACGGCUUCUAUAACAAUUACAGCCAACUAAAGGGCUUUGCAUCAAGGCGAGACAAGACGGUUAGAAACACUGCCGGAGAGAUAGUGUGGUACACGUUUGUUUGUAAUAGGCAAGGAUUUCGAGAGAAGAAAUGGUUGGAAAAUGUUGAUCGCAAAAGGGAGCACAAGGUAGUAACCCGAUGCGGAUGCAUGGCGGAGAUGAGGAUAAAGAGGAAAGACGGUAGUGGUAGGUGGUAUGUCUCGCGUUUUGUCGAGGAGCAUAACCAGGAACUUGCGUAUGGGAAGCUUGUUGAUUAUCUGCGGUCACACAGGAAGAUAUCUGAGGUAGAAGUUGCUCAGCUAACAAGCAUGAGGGAGAUUGGAAUUAGCAUACCUAAGAUUUAUGAGUCUUUCGCAGCACAACUAGGGGGCUUUAAUCUGGUAACAUUCACAAAGCAAGAUAUGUAUAAUGAGAUACGGAAACAGAGAGGUCUGCAAGGCGGAGACGUAAGUGCAGCUAUUAGGUACUUGGAAGGUCUGGCACGCAUGGAUGGGAAAAUGUUUUGGCGGUACAAGUUGGGGGCAAGGCAACACCUAUGCAACUUGUUUUGGAGCGAUGGUCGUUGUCAGGAAGAUUAUGGGAUAUUCGGCGAUGUGCUAGCAUUCGACGCUACCUAUGGCCGCAACAAGUACAACCUACCCGUUGUAGUCUUUUCCAGAGUAAACCACCACAACCAGACAUGCGUAUUCGGAACAGCAAUGGUCUCAUGCGAAUCGCAGGAGUCAUAUAUUUAG